ACAUUUCCUCGAGCCUCGGCCUAGCUGGCAAGUGCAGCCGAAGUUGUGCCUAAUGCAUCCAGAUUAAUCAACAAAGGACAACCCGACAAUGCCCCACUUUUGUACCCGCGAGGCACCACUUCGGGUUGGCCUUGUGUGACUUCAUCUUCGCACGACAGCGCAACAGCUUGAAAAGCGAUUGAUCCCCCCGUGGCUGCUUUUUUGAGUUCUCUUUCCUUACACCACGCCAUCCCUGCAAACCCACAUCAUCAUGGCCUCAAAAGAUCUCCAGACGUAUCCUCAAAAGCCCCGCGUCUUCAUACUAUCAGAUAUCUCGAACGAGCCUGAUGAUGCCGAGUCGCUAUGUCGUUAUCUAUUAUAUGCCAAUCAAUUCGAGACCGAGGGCCUGGUGGCAUGCACAAGCACUUGGAUGAAGAACAAAGUGUGCCCGCAAGACAUGGAGAAGAUCAUUGAUGCGUAUGCGGGUGCCGUUGACAACUUGAAUAAUCAUGUCCAUCCGGAUUGGCCAUACCCAAGUGCUGAGCAUAUGAGGAGCCUGAUCAAGAAGGGUGCUGAGACAUAUGGAAUGACGGCUGUCGGACAAGACAUUCUACUUUCUGCUGGAGGUCAGCUGCUAUACGAACGUAUCAUUGCACCCUCAACACAGCCAUUGUGGGUUCUCUGCUGGGGCGGCACAAACACAUUGGCCCAGGCGCUGGUCAAGAUUGAUGACGAGUAUUCGCCUGAGGACUCUCAGCGCCUUCUAUCGCGUCUUCGUGUAUAUGCCAUCUCCGAUCAGGACGAUACAGGUUCAUGGAUCCGUAACAGCUUUCCCGAUGUUUUCUACAUCGCUUCAGUGCACGGAUGGAAUCAGUAUGGCAUGGCUGCCUGGACCGGAAUCUCAGGAGAAAAGUACUAUGGCUUCGAUCAGGGCGGCCCUGACUUCUCGAAAAUGGAGAAGAGUUGGAUAAAGGAGAACAUUCAGAUUGGCCCGCUUGGGAGCGCAUAUCCCGACUAUCUAUUCAUUCCGGAGGGCGAUACACCCACCUUUCUGUACCUGAUCCAGAACGGACUCGGCGUACCCGAGUGCCCUGACUACGGGUCCUGGGGUGGUCGCUACGCUCGCACAGACAUUAGCAGCGUCGGUCUGAACAGUAACCACUACAGCGAUGCAGUAGACCGCGUCACAGGCCUCGACGGCAGGACUCACACCUCAAACCACUCCACCGUCUGGCGCUGGCGCGACGCAUUCCAGAACGACUUCGCAGCGCGAAUCAAGUGGAGCAUGGAGUCCGACUUCACUAAAGUAAAUCAUCAUCCCGUCAUCCGCCUCAACGGCACAAAGGACCUGACACCUGUGCGCAUCGAUGCGGAGGCUGGCUCCUCUGUCACCCUCGACGCUAGCGGCACGUACGACCCCGACGGCGGAAAGCUUACAUACAAGUGGUGGCACUACCGCGAGCCCACCGCAACGCAGUGGUGGGUCGAUGCUGAAGUCGCUGCACUGCAAAUCAAGACACUUGAUGGCGACGGCCAGAAGGUCGAGGUCACGCUACCGCCGCCCGAGAAAUGCGCGGUCGAGCUGAUGAGCCGGAAGCCGGUGCAGCAAGGACAGCUCUUACAUCUGAUUCUCGAGGUUACAGAUGAUGGGGUUCCAAGUCUGACGAGCUAUCGCCGUGUACUGAUUCAGGCGACGAACAAGGAUCUCAAGGGUGGAGGUACAGGUGGGGAUGCUAUUGGAGAUGUCAUGAAGGAUAUGUGAUGAGAAUACCAUGUAUUCCGCGCGACUAUUAGGCAGAUUUUCGUGUGCAAGCAACGACUCAUCUGGACUGGAAAAUUAUGACGCAUAUCUUCUCUCGAGUAUAACUCGCCUUAGCCCCACGUAUGCUUUUGUGUAACGAAAUUCGCAUGAGCUCAAAAGAAAUACAGCAUCAUAGCUAUGAUCAUCACAUCUUCAGAAGCAAAUUGGAAGCAGUCAGGAGCCAACGCCGUGUCGUCCUAUUUUGUUGUUUGUCGGCAAGCAUCAUAUCACAAGCCCCAUCCCUAAGUAAACGGAAGUUUUAUUAGUCAUUAGAAAUACAAACAUAGGCAAGCUUAGGAAGAUAAAAGGCCGGCCUUCCGCACACAUAGUAC